AUGAACAGCAGGGCCCCAGGGACGCUGGCCGUGGAGAGAGUGAAAUUCUUCGGCCAGCACCGCGGGGAGGUCAACUCUUCUGCCUUCUCUCCCGAUGGCCAGAAGCUGCUCACAGCCUCCGAGGAUGGCUGUGUAUAUGGAUGGGAGACCCAGAGUGGGCGGCUGCUGUGGAGACACAAGGCCCCCGUGAGGUUCUGCCGCUUCUCCCCCGAUGGCUGCCUCUUUGCCAGCACCUCCUGUGACUGCGCCAUCCGCCUGUGGGAUGUAGCAGAAGCCAAGUGUCUGCAGGUCCUACAGGGUCACCAGCGAAGUGUGGAGACCAUCAGCUUCAGCCCUGACUCAAAGCAACUGGCAUCAGGCGGCUGGGACAAGAGGGUGAUGCUCUGGGAGGUGCAGUCAGGCCAGGUGCUGCGCCACUUGGUGGGACACCGAGAUGUCCCAAGCAGUGACUUCGCACCCAGCUCAGACUGCUUGGCCACGGGCUCUUGGAAUUCCACCAUCCGCAUGUGGGACCUUCGGGCAGGGACUCCAGUGAUCUUCCACCAGGAGCUGGAGGCCCACAGUGGCAACGUCAGCUGCCUGUGCUACUCAGCAUCUGGCCUAUUGGUGUCCGGCUCCUGGGACAAGACUAUCCACAUCUGGAAGCCCUCAACCGGAAGCCUGCCUGUCCAGCUUAAGGGCCACAUCACCUGGGUGAAGAGCAGAGCUUUCUCCCCUGAUGGGCUGCAGGUGGCCAGCACUGGCUACUCCCACAUGGUCAAAGUCUGGGACUACAAUACAGGAAAGAGCAUUGAGACCCUGAAGGGAGUCCUGGAUGUGGCCCACGCCUGUGCCUUUACCCCAGAUGGGAAACUCUUAGUGUCUGGAGCUGCUUAG